CGUCAACAAGCAGCAGUACGAGAGCAGGGGAGCCUCCAUCCAUGCCCUCAGCCUCCACAUGCAGGACUUCGUCAAGAUCCUUGGCCUCAAGCACCGGCGCGAGGUGGCAGGGAAGAGCGCCAUAUUCAGCGGGGAGCACUUUGUCCUGGAGGAGACCGACUGGUACCUGCUCAACCUCUUCCGGCUCUGGUGGCACUAUGGCAUCAGCUUCCUGCGCCUGCAGAUGUGGGUGGAGGAGGUGAUGGAGAAGUUCAUGAGGAUCUACAAGUACCAGGCGCACGGCUACGCCUUCUCCAGCCUGGAGGAGCUGCUGCGCUCGCUGGGGGGUGACACCUUCGUCAACAUGACGCAGCGCUCAGUGGCCGAGUCCUUGCUGGAGGUGGGCGUCACGCAGCGCUUCGUGGAUGAUGUCAUUGCGGCCGUCCUGCGCUCCAGCUACGGGCAGUCGGUGCUGGUGCCCGCCUUCGCAGGAGCCAUGUCACUGGCGGGGGCCCAAGGCAGCACCUGGGCGGUGGAAGGAGGCAACAAGCUGGUGUGUUCAGGUCUGCUGAAGCUGACCAAAGCCAAUGUCAUCCCGGCCAGGGUGACGGGCGUCUCUCUGCACAGCUCGGAGGGGAGAGCCCUGUACCAGGUGCACUACGAGGGCAGUGAAGGCCAGGGCUCAGCUUUCUACGACAUGGUGGUUGUGACGACUCCCCUGCACCCCAGCAGGAGCAACUUCACCUUUGAGAACUUCGAGCCGCCCAUCGCCGACUUCCCCGGAGCCUUCCAGCCCUCCGUCACCUCCGUGGUGCACGGCUACCUCAACUCCUCCUACUUUGGCUUCCCUGACCCCAAGCUCUUCCCCUUUGCUAGCAUCCUCACCACUGACACCCCCGACCUCUUCUUCAAUACCAUGGACAACAUCUGUCCUGUGAACAUCUCAGCAGCUUUCCGUCGCAAGCAGCCCCAGGAGGCCGCGGUGUGGCGAGUCCUCUCCCAGCAGCCACUGGACAAGCAGCAGCUGAAGACCCUUUUCAGGUCCUACUACUCGGUGCAGGUGACAGAGUGGCAGGCAUAUCCCCGCUACGAUGCUGCCAAGUCCCUCCCGCCCAUCGUGCUCCACGAAAACCUCUUCUACCUCAGCAGCGUGGAGUGGGUGGCCAGCUCCAUGGAGAUGAUAGCGGUGGCGGCCAAAAAUGUGGCCCUGCUGGCUUACAACCGCUGGUAUCAGGACCUGGAGAAAAUCGACCAGAAGGACUUGAUGCACAAGGUGAAGACCGAGCUGUGACGGCCAGGGGAGGCAGUGGGCCUCUGCGUGUAGUAGCCUGGGGAGUAUUUAUUGCCUUGGGACACCGGGGGGGUUGGGGCUGGGGGAGAGGGGACAGGCUGUGUCCCAGAUGACUUGAACGUGCUUCACCUUCAGGAAUACAGUCCCUGCCCAGUGUUGCUGC